GGGAAAGAGUCGGCAUGGCCCAGAAAAAUAACCUUCAGUUCUCCAUCAGGGAGUACAAACACUCAGAUCAACACGUGGUCACGUCUCUCUUUCGCGAUGGGAUUCUUGAACAUGUAUACCCAGCGUUUUUCAAGGCCAUGAGCAAUCCAGACCAUGUGGGUGUUGCUCUGAGCAUUUCCAUGGCUGGCUACGUGCUUGGAGGCAGCUCAUAUUUCCAAGCUUUGCUGUUUGGCAGUGCUUGGGCUGGCCUCAUUUAUUACUGCUGCUACGAUAUCUACGAUGGCUUCAUGAUGAGGAGGCUGAGCACAGACAUGGCCGACAUUCAAGCAAGCUACCUGGACAACCCAGAUAAUGGUUUCUGGGUGGCUGAGGCAGAUGUCAACGGCCAGGCAAAGGUGGUAGGCAUAGUGGCAGUAACGGGUAAACCAGAAGAAGAAGGUGAGAGGUUUGAAGACUGGAACGGAGGAGUGAGUGGCUCAGAAAUCGCUCGAGACGCCAGGGAGGGACGCUACGGUGAGAUAUCCCACGUGGUUGUGGCGUUCUCAGUGCGCCACAAAAACCUGGGCACACAGUUGAUACGGAAGGCCUUGGAUUUCUGCAAGGAGCAAGGCUUCAGCCGGCUCGUCGUGAACGUCAGCUCGCCUCAGACAGCUGCCGUUUCCAUGUUCCAGAAAUUAGGUUUUGUUCAGACUGCAGCCCACCGUGAGACACAUGCUAUCAGCUGGUUCUCCAAGCUAGCCAGAAUAAAUGUGUUGCAAAUGGAGAAGCUCAUUUAAAAGAAAAAAAUGAACUCUAGACCUUAAGAUCUGAUAUAAACUUGACUAUUCAGCAUGUCAAGAAUGUUUUAAUUAAUUUAUGCCUUUAUCUCAUAUAAAACAGAAAAAAGUG